GCAUCCAACUAGAAAGCAGUUAACGAGCAGAGUCCGUUGCGUUUGCGGUUAAAAGCCACGAGGUCGAUCAGCGUUAAGCGCGCUACUUAACCCCAACGUCACCAAAUUCUUUCGAGCCCUACCCAAGCCGUUUGAUCACGUGUUGCCCUCCCCCGCCCCGCUACCAAUCGACAAUCGUAUUAACUGCGAACGAUGAUUGUUCUGAAAAGUGAAUAGUUCUGCAAAAUUCCCAAUCAAAACAUUUACAUCUCAAGCAACAGCAGUAGCCGCCCACAAAAAACCAACAACAAGUGUAUAAAAACAUAAGUGUGUGUUUGUACAUAAUAUACAUAUGUACAUUCUUAUCUGUAUGCGGAAUCGAUACACGUAACUGUGUGUGCGUGUGUGUGUGAGCAAGAAAUAAUGCCAGUUAGCCUUAAAACGAAGCUUGAUAAUAAUUAAUACACAAAACCGACAAAAGUUGUGCUCAAAACAACAAAAAACAUCGCAUUUAAAGAGUUAAUAAAUGCACAACAAAGAGACUCCCGUAAAAGUGUCGACAACUAAUAAUAAAGUGUACAAUAUCAACUAACAACAAUAAACACAAGUUCACAAGGAGCAACUACAACAACAACAACAAAAACAACAACAAGAACAACAGCAACCUCAUCAGGAGCCAGCAAAGCUUCUACUCCAUUUCUGAUUAGACCAACACAGUGCUGCUUCAAGUAUUGGAGCGAGCUGCAGAAAGCUACAAAGCUGCAACUACAGGACGAACUGUUUGCCAUCAUGGACGGGUUCGCUCAGGACUGGCCCAACUUGCCUCGGUCGGACAACGGGCUGCAUAUGGAUCAGCUGGUCGGCGAGCUGCCAACAGAUGGCGGCUUCGAGCCGCAGACGCGCGCCCGCUCCAACACGUGGCCAUGUCCACGGCCUGAGAACUUUGUGGAGCCGGUCGAUGAGCUGGACAGUACCAAGGCUAGCAAUCAGCAGCUGGCCAGCGGCGAUCCACAGCAGGCCAUGCAGAAUGCGAAUGCGGCCAAAAAGAACUCAUCCCGUCGCAACGCAUGGGGCAAUCUGUCCUAUGCCGAUCUCAUCACGCACGCCAUAGGCUCCGCCACCGACAAGCGUCUAACGCUGAGCCAAAUCUACGAGUGGAUGGUCCAAAACGUGUCCUACUUUAAGGAUAAAGGCGACUCGAAUAGCAGUGCUGGCUGGAAGAACUCCAUUCGGCACAAUCUAUCGCUGCACAAUCGGUUUAUGCGCGUGCAGAACGAGGGCACCGGCAAGUCCUCCUGGUGGAUGCUCAACCCGGAGGCUAAGCCUGGCAAAUCGGUGCGACGUCGUGCCGCCUCCAUGGAGACAUCGCGCUACGAGAAGCGCCGCGGACGGGCCAAGAAGCGUGUCGAGGCUUUGCGCCAGGGCGGCGUUGUCGGUCUCAAUGAUGCCACGCCCUCGCCGAGCAGCAGCGUCAGCGAGGGGCUGGAUCACUUUCCAGAGAGUCCGCUGCACAGCGGCGGCUUUCAAUUGUCGCCCGAUUUUCGUCAGCGCGCCUCAUCGAAUGCCAGCUCCUGCGGCCGUCUGAGUCCCAUACGGGCAUUGGAUCUCGAGCCCGACUGGGGCUUCUCGGUUGACUAUCAGAACACGACAAUGACGCAGGCACAGGCCCAACAGCUUGACCAGCUGGCCGGCUCCAUGGCCGAAGAGCUGAAACUCCAGAGCGACAUGUUGCAGCAGCAAGGGUUCAGCGCCGCAUCUGGCCUGCCGACGCAGCCGCCGCCGCCCUAUCAGCCGCCGCAGCAGCCGCAGCUUCCACAGGGCUAUUCCCUGAAUGGACCAGGAUAUGCCGCAAUGCAGCCGCAGCCACAGCCACAGGGGCAGGGCCAAUGCCUGCUGCAUCGCUCGCUCAACUGCGGCUGCCUGCACAGCGCCCCAGUGCGAGAUGGCCUGUCGCCCAACUCAGUUACCACCACAAUGUCGCCUGCGUAUCCCAAUAGCGAGCCCUCGUCCGACUCCCUGAACACAUACAGCAACGUCCUGCUAGAUGGCUCUGCGGAUAAUGCUGCACUUCUUGUCCAGCAUCAGCAACAGCAACAACAGCAACAGCAACAGCAGAGGCAGCAGCUGUCCUCAGGUCUGGAGGAUAAUAACUGCGCCUCUACUUUGAUAGGGCAAUGCCUGGAGGCGCUCAACAGCGAGCAAAUUGACGAAUUUAAUCUGGAGGACUUUCAGGGUGGACUCGAGUGCAACGUCGAGGAGCUGCUGCAGCAGGAGAUGCGAUACGACGGCUUGCUGGACAUUAAUAUACCGCUCGCGGCGGUCAACACGAAUACCAACAAUGUGAUCUUAACCAAUAAUAGUACAAACAGCGGCAGCAGCAAUGCCGCCUCCAACAGCAGCGCAGGUGUUCAGCUCAAUCAGUUGCAGGCUCAGCUGCAAUUGCAGCAGCAACAACAACAGCAACAGCAACAACAACAGCAUCAGCAACAGUUGCUGAUGAGCAACAAUAACAACAAUAACAACAACAACAACAAUAGCAACAACAGCUUGGAACUGGCCACACAAACGGCGACUGCAAAUCUGAACGCCCGCGUCCAGUACUCACAGCCCAGCGUGGUCACCUCGCCGCCCUCCUGGGUGCAUUAGGUAGUAUCUAGCUGGAAGACGUGGCUGGGCCUAAUCUAAGGACAAUAUAAUGUGUACACUUUAAACUAGCAGGAGGAUGGGAGCUUGCAGCCACAACAGUUUACAAAGAUUUAUCUGGUCGCUUCUAAUUUAAAAUAUACACAUAAAUACACACAUACAUACGUAUAGCAUACUGAAACGCGUAAACUUAACUGCAUAGUACCAUAGAAAUAAAUAAUAUACAAUGUUUAGCGCUUAUAAUUAGUAGAAUUCUCUGUGCAUUGAAAAUAUAACAAAUUAACAAACGAACGCAAAAAAAAAA